GCCGUGCCCCGCGGCUUGUGGGAUUUUAGUUCCCCCACCAGGGAUUGAACUCGUGCCCUCAGCAGUGAAAGCCAGAGUCCUAACCACUGGACCUCCAAGGAAUUCCUUGAAAUAGUAUUUUUAGCUUCUGGGAGCAUGCCGAUCUUCACCGAGUCCGAAACGAUAUGUCUCCAAACACUUGGGUGAUCAGCUGCAGAGAGCAUUUGGCAAAAAUAGGAUCAAGAUCACUUUAAAGGCGGGGCAAAGCUCACCUGGAUAUAUCUUUUCCCAACUCCCCUCCUGGCAGAGCUAGUCCUUUCCAGCAAGAAGCCCAGUCUCCUCAAUGUGUGGGUCUGUUGGGACUACAUUACCCAGAAUGCUCAGUAUCGAGCGGCAGGAACGCUACCCAAUGAACGCUUAGAGACUGGAGGCCGCAUGAAGUGAGGGCGGAACUUCUGGCUUCCUUUUCACAGCGGCCAUGUUAGCUACCCUUGGUUUUUGUUUGACCAGUGUGAGAGAUUUGGGAAUUGUGGGUCCAUCUCGAGGUGACGGAAUUGAGAAAGUCCGAGAGGAGGGGCUGUCCCCGCAGCAUAGAGGCGGGUCUGAAGUUCGGCGACGCCGCCCGGGGGCUCCGCGCCAGGCCCAGGAGAGGGUCCGCCGUGCCUGCGUCCCGCCUCUCCCUGCCCCGCUCCGCUCACAGAGUCCGAUGGCGGCGGCGGCGCUGAGGAGCCUUCCUCAGGGCAGUGUGACCUUUGAGGAUGUGGCCGUGUACUUCUCCUGGGAGGAAUGGGAUCUCCUUGAUGAUGCUCAGAGAUGCCUGUACCACAACGUGAUGCUGGAGAACUUGGCACUUAUAAAUUCCUUGGGUUGUUGGCGUGGAGCAGAGGAUGAAGAGGCACCUCCUGAACAGAGCAUUUCUGUACAUAGAAUGUCACAGGUCAGUACUCCCAAGGCAGGUGUGUCCACCCAAAAGGCCCAUUUUUGUGAGAUAUGCAGCCCGGACUUGGGAGACAUUUUGCACUUGACUGAGCACCAGAGGCAGAAACUGUACGAUAUUGGGGCAUGGGAGCAGCAAUUGUAUUUCAGUGCAAAACUUCAGCACCAAAAGCAGAACAUUGGAGAGAAAUGCUUCAGAAGCAACAUGGACAGAACCUCAUUUAUGAAAGACUGCAAAUUUUUUGUGUCAGGGAAGUCCCUUUCCCGUGGGGAGUCCACAUACACCAGGGAGAAGCCAAACAGGGGAACUGAGUGUGGAGCUGCCUUUCACAGGGGGAAAACUCAUUAUAACUCUGGAGAAUGUACUGAAGACUUUAGUUGCAAACACAUGCUUUUUCAGCACCAAAGAGUCCCCACUAGAGAAAAAUGCUACAUGUGCAGCGAAUGUGGGAAAUCUUUUAGCAAAAGCUACAGCCUCAGUGACCAUUGGAGAGUUCAUACUGGGGAAAAGCCUUAUGAGUGUGGGGAAUGUGGGAAAACCUUUAGGCAAAGCUCUAGCCUCAUUCAACACCGAAGAGUUCACACUGGAGCAAGGCCUCAUGAGUGUGACGAAUGUGGAAAAUUAUUUAGCAACAAAUCCAACCUCAUUAAACAUCGGAGAAUUCAUACUGGGGAAAGGCCAUAUGAGUGUAGUGAAUGUGGGAAAUCCUUUAGCGAAAGCUCUGCACUCCUUCAACACCGGAGUGUUCAUACUGGAGAAAGGCCUUAUGAGUGCAGUGAGUGUGGGAAAUUCUUUACCUACCACUCCAGUCUCAUAAAACACCAGAGAGUUCACUCUGGAUCAAGGCCCUAUGAGUGCAGUGAAUGCGGAAAAUCCUUUACUCAAAACUCUAGCCUCAUUGAACACCGUAGAGUUCAUAGUGGAGAAAGGCCUUAUAAGUGCAGAGAAUGUGGGAAAUCUUUUAGCCAAAGCUCUGCACUUCUGCAACAUCGGAGAGUUCACACUGGAGAAAGGCCUUAUGAGUGCAGCGAAUGUGGGAAAUUCUUUACUUACAGCUCCAGUCUCUUGAAACACCAGAGAGUUCACACUGGAUCAAGGCCUUAUGAGUGUAGUGAAUGUGGGAAAUCCUUUACUCAAAACUCCAGCCUCAUUAAACACAGGAGAAUUCACACUGGAGAAAAACCUUAUGAGUGCAGCGAAUGUGGGAAAUCUUUUAGCCAUAGCUCCAGCCUCAUUAAACACCGAAGAGUUCACACUGGUUAAAGGCCUGAUGAGUGCAGUGAAGGUGGGAAAUCCUUUACCCAUAGGUCCAACUUCAGUGACCACUAGAGUGUUCACAUUGGAGAAAGGCUUUACGCGCAUUUGAAUGUGGGAAAUUCAUCUCCAGGCUCCUAAAACACCAUAGUGUCACAUUGGAUGAAAGCCUUAUGAGUAUGGCAGAUGUGGAAAAUUGUUUGGCCAAAGUUUAGCCUCAACACACUCCAGAGAAUUUGCAGUGGAGAAAGGCCUUAUAACUUAUAAAUUCACUGAGUGUGAGAAAGCCUUCCGCUGAAGAACUUACCUUAUGGGAUACCACAGAUUUCAAAUGGGAGAACUACCUUCAAUGUGCAGGGAUAUACAAUUUCUUUGUUCAGUGCAACAACACAGGAGGAGAUCCCUUAUGAAGAUGCCAUUUGCCUGUAUUGAACCACAUACAUCCAAACAUCCACUUAAAUUCCAGGUAUGUGGGAGCUGCAUUGCACUUUUUAACCUGUCCAGGGCCCUUGCCAGAUUUAUGUCACUGCCAGUUCUGUAGCAGAAGUCACGUCACAUCUAACCACCUGGCAGAUGCCCAUAGUGUGCAACAUUCACUCAACCUAGUGUGUUCAGGGAAGGAAACCCCAGUGCUCUCCUAUUUGCAGGAUGAUUCAUGAGUAGCUUGAACACUUAGUCUUUCCCAGUUUUUUUUCCUCCCUCAUGAGUUAAAUCAUGGACCUUACCCAGUUUUGGCCUAGAGGACUCCGUUGGUGAUUUGAAAAGAUGGACUACAUUUUUCAGGGAUAUUAUUGAUCUCAUGAGACUCUAGUGAUGGGAUUUUCCAGCCUCCAAGUCACCAGCCUGGGGAACAGUCUGCCUCUUGUUUGUAUAAUAAUAAAGGUCUUAUUGUUUAAGUCACCAUUGAUCUUAGGGGUUCUGUUCACUGUGUGGGGUGGUUUGUUGUUAACUGGUUUUGCUGGCUUGAAGAGAUGAACUGCUCUGGUCAGGAUCCCAAACUGUGUGCCUCAGCAGGGACAGUAUGAUGGCAGAAUAUGCCUCUCCAGUUUUGGCCUAGGUUGCAUUGCUGCUCAAAACCUUCAAGGAAAGACUGCAGGGCUUUGUGGUCUUAAUUUUUAGAUGGCAUGCCAUGAUGUUUUGUAGGUUCGGAGUUCAAACUGAGGAGGGGGCUGUUCUUGGUUGCUGUGACAACCUUUAGUGCUUCUGAGAGCAACAUAAACUUAUUCUCU